AUGAAGGUUAAGGCGCUUUCCCGCAGCACAACAGAGUCCACACGCGAGACAAAGAGCGACAUCCAGCUGCUGCCGCGGAACAUCGAUCCGGAGCUGCACCCGCUGGAGCGGGCACGCGAGUACAAGCGUGCGCUCAACUCGGCCAAGCUGGAGCGCAUGUUUGCCAAGCCGUUCCUGGCCAGUCUCGGCGGCCACAUCGACGGCGUCUACGCGAUGGCAAAGAACCCGUGGGACCUCGACAGCAUCAUCUCGGGCAGCGGCGACGGCGAGCUACGCAUGUGGUCCCUGGCCGAUCAGAAGACGGUCUGGCGCGCGCCUGAGGCGCACAGGGGCGUCGUUAAGGGUGUGUGCAACAUCCCCGGUGGCGCCAGCGACCGGUUCCUGUCGGUCGGUACCGACAAGAUGGUCAAGGUGUGGAGCCGUAGCGAGAGCGCAGUCGCGGCUGAUGGCCUGACGCCCGAGACCGUGGCCACGUACAGCGGCAAGCACGCAUUCAGCGGAAUCGACCAUCACCGCGAUCGUUCGCUGUUCGCCACAAGCUCGUCGCUGGUCGAGGUGUGGGACGUCGAGCGGUCCGAGCCCAUCAGCAACCUGACGUGGGGCGCAGACACCAUCAACACCGUACGCAUGAACCAGACCGAGGUCAACGUGCUGGCUAGCUGCGGCACCGACCGGUCGAUCAUCCUGUACGACCUGCGCACUAACUCGCCGCUGGCCAAGCUGGUCAUGACGCUGAGCACCAACGCCAUCUCGUGGAACCCCAUGGAGGCCUUCAUGUUUGCCACGGCCAAUGAGGACCACAACAUCUACACCUUUGACAUGCGGCGCAUGGACCACGCUGUCAACGUGCUGCGCGACCACGUGUCGGCCGUUAUGGACGUCGACUACUCGCCGACUGGCCAGGAGCUGGUCAGCGCCAGCUACGACCGCACUGUGCGGCUGUGGGACGCCUCCGGUGGCCACUCGCGCGACAUCUAUCACACCAAGCGCAUGCAGCGCGUCUUCUGUGCCAAGUACACCAUGGACAACAAGUACGUGCUGUCGGGCAGUGACGACAGCAACCUGCGCCUGUGGCGCGCACGCGCGUCGGACCGCAUGGGUGUGCAGUCCAACCGCGAGCGUGCGUCCAUCGAAUACGCCGAGAAGCUCAAGGACCGCUUCAAGUACGUGCCCGAGGUCAGCAAAGUGCUGCGCCAGCGCAACGUGCCGGUCGGCGUCAAGAAGGCCUCCCAGACAAAGCGCGUCAUGAUCCAGUCGCGCAAGCGCAAGGAGGAGAACCAGCGCAAGCAUCUCAAGCCUGGCUCCAAGCCACGCAUCCCCGAGCGCAAGAAAAGCAUCCUCGGUGUCACCAGCAAGUAG